AGUGUAUUAUCUUUGUGUUAAAAUUAAAUAACAAGGAUGUUAACUCCGCCACGCAGGAGUCGUGCUAAUAGUAUUGGGAGCCAUGAAAGCACCCAGAGCGCAGUAGAACGAAGGGCCAAGAGCUUUCAACGCAAGAAGUCCGUAAUGCAUGGAAUUAUGAAACGGGGAAGAACUGUACGAAAGACCAUGCGGUCCAUGCAGAUAAGUGAAGCUGAGGGCCAGGACGAUGGUCAUAGUAGGGGACAUUUGCUCACUAAUGAACAAAGAUUAAGGAUGUAUGUAUUGAAGGAAAUACUUGAAACCGAGGAAGAUUACACACAACUACUACAGUUUAUAGUGGACGUUAUGAUUCCAAGCCUCCAAAAAUGUUCACGUGACGACAGCAUUCCGUCAUGCACGAGUGAGACUGUGAGUGACAUGUUAUCAAAUAUACGGGAGGUUCAUAAACUUCAUGUGACGUUUUACGCCUCUCUGAAAGAAGCCAUGGAUCCAUAUCCUUACCACACAAACUGUAUUGGAGAAUUAUUCAUGAAACAUCACUUUUUUCAGCGCAAUGAUUUUGCAGCAUAUGGACAAUAUUGUGCAAACUUUAAUAAUGCCCAAAAGAUCAGCUAUAAACUGCAAGAAGAUCCAGCUAUUAUGGAACUUAUUAAUGAUUGGAAAAAUCGUGUAGCAAGUAAAACGCGGAAGUUUCUUCAUCUUGAAGGGUUCAUAAUAUCCCCGGUUCAACGUCUUUGUAAAUAUCCGCUUUUGCUUAGAGAGCUGAAGAAAUUCACCAACGAAAGUCAUCCUGAUCGUAACCCUGUUGAACAAGCCAUGAAUAUGAUGGAAGACGUCACAGCAUCGGUGAACGAAACACAAAGAAGAGCAAUCACAAUGCAAGCGAUUCGAGAUGUUGAUAAUUUGUGCGACUCGUGGGAACAAUCUGGGUGUCUAACAAAGCAAGGGUUUAUGACCAAGAGGGGAGGAUCAGUGAAGUCUUGGAACAUACGUUGGUUCACAUUAAGUGGAUACCAACUUUGUUAUUAUAAUGAACCUGCAGACAGACAUCCUUUGAAAAUAUUGGACUUGACGUCUUAUGUUUCAAUGCAAGCAGAUGCUGACCAUGUUGGUCGUCCACAUGCAUUCAGCAUCAAAAUGCCUGAUCGUUCAUACUACAUGUACACAACCAGCAGUCAAGAAAGAAGGGAUUGGAUUUCUAUUUUGCAAUGGAAGUUUUCAUGUAUAGACCGCUCACGUAAGCAAGCACACCAACCGUUUGAAACCGUUAUCUUCUCCUCUCUCUCAUCAUUCCUUCACCCUAAGAGCCAAAAACUAGAAGUUAAACAAGUCAACGACACAAUCAUUGAAGAGAAACCAACUUCGCCAAAAAUAAACACUGAAAAUGAGUUGUCACCAAAAAUAAGGAAAAACCGGCCCAAGUCUUUCUUCCGUAUGUCUUUUAAAAGAAGAUCCAAAAUCUCUUUUUCUUCCUCCUCAAACCAUGAUACUUGAUAUUUUACUUCAAACACACCGUUCGUUUGAAGUCCUGGGGUAACAGACCAAAUCUGGCACAAAUCCCAGGUCCGUGACAAUGACCUCACCCACAUAGACUGUCAUUACAACUCCUAUUACAGAAAGGUAAAAUCCUACGCAAAUACUAGCCACUGUACUUUACUGCAUGUACCAAUUCAGUCCAUGGUUGCUGAAACUGUGUUCUUAAACCUUCACUUAACUUAUUUUCUAUUUUCAGCAAGAGUUACAAAGUUUUUUUAGAUCCAAAGGAUCCAACAGUGACAGACUCAACCCUUUAAAAUAUUUAAGAAUCCCUGCUUUAAUGGCCUCCUUUUAUAAUGGUCCAUGUUUUAUACCAAGUUUGGGGUCGAUAAAAUACAUUUUUUUUAUAUUUUUGUUCCAAAGUUCUUCAAAAUUCGUUAUAUUUUCUACACUUGUUGUUUGUGAACAAAUCUUCUUAUUACAUCACAAAG